AUGCUGGCGGUCAUUCGCCACUUCCACGAGGGCAUGAGGGCGCGGGUUCGAACGGACGACGGGCAGUACUCGGAAUGGUUUGACGUCGGCCAAGGUCUCCGACAGGGGUGCAACCUGGCCCCGCUGCUGUUCAACUUGUUCUCUGCCGCGAUGCGCAUGGUCGCAGUGACCGAGUUCGACAAGGACCCCAAGGUGACGGCGGAUAUGAUCAAGAUCGCAACACGAGUGGAGUGCACGGGCAAGAGGGGCAGGUCGGCGGGGAAGAAGGCGAUGAUGGUGACGGUCGCAGAGGCCCUGUGGGACAUGCUCUACGCUGACGACGCGGCCAUCGUCUCGCUCACGCCGGAGAGCCUCGAAAAGAUGAUGUCCAUCAUCGUGCGCGUGGCCGGCCUGUUCGGACUGAUGGUAUCGGAGCCAAAGACGGAGAUCAUGUGCAUGCUACCGAAAGGGCUGGGGGAACGCCCGUUCGCGGUCAGCGCCGCUGGCCAGACGUACAAGCAGACAGAUCGGUUUGUGUACCUCGGACGUACCAUCUGCGCGGAUGGGAAGGUCGACCGGGAGAUCACGAGCCGCAUCUGCCGAGCAUGGAAGUGCUACCGCCGGAACAGCACUUCGAUGUACGACAGGAAACGGGCCAACCGCCAGCUCAAGAUCCGACUACUCCAGGCUGAAGUGGUGCAGACCCUCCUAUACGGGUGCGCCUCGUGGAGCCUGGCAGCGGAGCACUACACCAAGCUGAAUGGGACCCACCGCCAGUUCCUGACACGGUGUAUCGGCUGGAGCAAGCGGAAGCGCUCAGACCGACCCCUGUCCUACGCCCAGGCCCUCAUCCAGGCCGGCUGCGAGGAAACCAUCGAGGCCACCGUGCGCAAACGGAGGCUGUGUUUUGCGGGCUUCGUUAUGCGCAUGGAGGACAACCGCCUCCCCAAGCGCAUGCUGCUGGGAGCGAUGGCGGGGGGUACCGGAUACCGGGGCGGGCAGGAGAGCGACUGGGUGUAUCGCCUAGGAGAGGACCUCGUGGCGUUUGGCAUGAAAGAGGAGAAGGAGGGGGGGAGAUGGAAAGAGAGCGCCAAGGACCAGGAGGCGUGGUACGACAAGAUCGAGGACGGGGCGGCAUGGUUCAUGAGGAAAUGGCACAGACAGGAGGCGGAAGCAUCCGCGAAGCGCCAGCGCCAGCGCGCGGAGGAAGCAGAGACGGAGAGCACGGCCGCCCCGGGCCCGAAGAGAAAGAGAAUCGGGGAGGCGGCGGGGGGGGGGAAGAAACGGCGACCGGACACUGCUGUAGAAGCGAGUAGGGCGGCCAAGGCCGCGCUUGCGGCGAACGACGUACCCAACUGAUGAUGUUGUCGCACCCUGUGUUCCCUUUUCCCUGCCGUAAGCUGUAUGCUCUUAGUAUUGCCUCCGGCCUCUCUUUGUGCUUUUCUUCUUUCUUUCUUUCUUGUUCUCCAUGCCCUCUCUACGAUGAUCUUGGACGAUACCUCGAGCUCCUUGUUAUUUUUGUUUUUUCCUUUGCUGGCUGCCUGCCACCUCUGCUGCCUCUUUGGUGCGGUGCCUACCCUACACUAAUGCGCUGGUGCAUACUGCACUGCUGUAGUACCUGGUACUGGUGUACGCUGUCCUUCGAUUUUUUAUUUUAUUUUUUUUGUGGAAAUAUAUAUGUGUUUGUUUUUCGCCCCCCGUCUUGCUGCACCACCUGGGGUGUGGUGCAGGGCGGGGGAUGCCUGGUCGGCGGGAACCCGGCACGGAACCCUCCGGCGUUGUAGGCGGGUGUGGGAAGCGUUCCCCGUUCUCCUUUUAUUUUAUUUUGAUCGGUCUCCUCGACGCUCUUUCUCGUUUGGUGCGGUAGCUGGUCUUUCUUUCUAUCAUUUUGUUUCUCUUCCGAGUGGUUUUUGUACCCUAUUUUUUUCUGUUUCUUCGUGGGGUCGUGUAUGCCGGGUUUUGAGACCAC